AAGCAUACUCGGUGUUAGCUCUCGCUACCUGGGGCAACAUAAUGAAGACUGGCGACACACCUGCAAAACGCUGGCUUUGGGCUCACAGAAGACCGAAAGGCAUAAGCUGGAAGACGGAACCGAACAUGCCCACCAUCGAGAACUGCUGGCGUGCUUGUUUUGGAAAAACUAGCGCUACAUGGAUGUCCAUCGGAGUGACGGGCUGCGAAUGCGGGACGGCUCACAGCGCCGUGGUGGAAGACGGCUUGGACUGGAAGGUCGCCUCGCACGCCGAGUCUGACAAACAUUACCCAGCAGCCCGCGGGUUCGUUUUGAUGAGCAAGAAGGAGGGCACACAAAGUUUCCUUCCCCGCAAGUUCACCUGGACACAAGAAACAUUUCGCCCUGGGAAACAUGUGACAUUUGCACAGAACCGGACGACGAAGUCGCUCUCCAAAGGACUGGAAUCAAAGAUGAAGAAAAUAGUCGACGAACUUCAUGGAAACAUCAAGUUUGAGCAGCUGAAGCACAUAUCCAAGAUAGGUUCUAAAGACAGAACAGUGACGUACACUCCUCUCAAAGAAGCCCACGUUGGCAGGUCUACUGACGACAACCCUUUGAGACCUGCAGUACUGAUAGAUAGACAAGUAAAGCACGGAAUAACUCAUACCGCUCUCCUUAAGCAUGCGAAGAUACCAUCAGUGCGAAAGGCACACGAAAAUACAACCGCAUAUUACGUCCUCCACUCAGCGGCAGAGCAUAAGAGGGGUACGCGCAUGUGCCAGGCGAGCAACGAUCGGAGGAACGACGACAUGCGCCAAACCAUCGAGAACGCCGAAGGUCAAAUUUUCAAUAUACGACCAUCACUGUUUGGAGAAUGUUUCACCGGCACAGCCAACGAAACCGGUUGGGUAGACUCAGGGACCAAGGCAGAUACGCUUAACGAAUGCAUCUGUGCCUGCCGGCGUUCAAAGCUGGCCCAAAACGUAACUGCCUUCAUCCUGCAAAGUGGUCAUUGCAUUUGCUCUGUGUUGUCAACAUCGAUGGGUACUCUCAUCGGAAGAGUACCACUACCUGCCACCUGUCCUGCGGAUGCUGCAAGGCAAGCAUAUGUUGGCUCCGACGACCUACGUCAGCUCUGCGAACCAUCCAAAGGAAAAGGUGAAGAUGUUAUUGGCCCAGGUCAGUCGGGACAGCAUGAAGUCUCUACAAGGGACCGUUUCCUGCAUCGAUCUACGCAGGGAUAUCUUUCGAGAGUGCGGGAGCGUGAAGAAUCGACAAUGAACAGUUGGCGGGGUUUAGAAAAUGCAUUAACGGUGGUCACACAUGCCAAGCUUGGGCAAUCCCUCACCACAUCUCAUGCCCUGCUAAAGCAAAGUCCGUUCCCGAGAAUGUUCCGGCUCGUGGCACAAGUUCGCAAAAGGACCUUCGUCCACGAAACGCUAUAUUUCUAUCAUGAUCUGGAAGAAGUGCGGGAAAUCCGCAUCCGUCAGCGCCUUUUCGUAGAGAGCGCGGGGACGAUGAAAACUGCAGCCAGAUAGUCGAUGUAUCACGAAAAGCUGUUGCACUGUCUCAACCCAUGGCUGUUCGUUAGUUUCGACUCUACAGCGGCUCCAGGUGUAACACCGUCAGCAUUCAGUAUGCGCAGUAGCACGGGGAAUCGGUUUCGUUUUUGCACUGUCUAGCCCUAAUUCGCGGAUGUACCGGAUGCACAUAUCGUAAAAUCAUUUCUGGAUCGGGAUAACCGACCGCAUUCGACGCAAUACAAAUAGCAUCU